AUGAGUCAAGUGCAGCAAGCUUAUCAGAUGCUCGAUGAAAUGGUACAAAGAGACAUUGAUCCAGAUGCCUGGGUGUUCGACAUUCUAAUUGUUGCAUUUUGUAAAGAAGGAAGGAUCAUGGAAGCUAAUGCUAUUUUUGCCAUGAUGGUGAAGUUUGGUGAGAAACCUAAUGUUGCCACUUAUGGUGCUUUGAUAGAUGGACAUUGUUUGGCAUAUAAUGUUAAUGAGGCAAAGCAAGUGUUUGAUAAGAUGAUCAAAAUUAGUCUUGCACCAAAUGUUACAUGCUACAAUAUCAUGAUCAAUGGAUAUUGUAAGGUUAAAAUGAUGGAUAAAGCCAUGGAUUUUUUUAAAGAAAUAUUGACCAUGAAUUUGGCACCCACCAUUAUAACUUACAAUACUCUUAUUGAUGGCUUUUUAAAAAUAAAAAGGUUGACAUGUGUUCAAGACCUUCUUCACAAGAUGCAUGAUAGUGGUCUUUGCUUUCACAAGAUUGCUUACAAUACUUUGUUUAAUGGAUUGCGCAAAAGCCAACUUCUUGACGAGACGGCACGAGCAACGGAGAAGGGUAGCAGGAAGCCAACCUUUCAAGAGAGCGACGGCCAGAUCGACGGAGGGAGCGACGGCGAACGACGCUGCCCAGGUAUUGUAGGGGAUUUCCCUCCUUUUUCGUUUUCCACCCUCGCUUUUCUUGAUGGACGGCAUGAUAUAUCCGAUAAAGCUCAAGAGCUAUGA